GAAGAACUUCAAUUUGGCGAAAUCCUCGGCCGCAACUGAUUGUGAAUGAUCAAUAUCGUUAACUAUUUGGCCAGCGACGCCAAUUGAGUUGUGGUUUGCCUCACAUUUGACUGCCCUACAUUAUUUGGAGACAAGGGCUUAAAACUUUGCUACACGACGACUUCAACGCCACAGCAUUGUCAUGGUGAACGUUUCAAAGACGGCCGCCGAUCAUGGCCGGCAUAUAUUUGUCUACAACAACCUCCGCACAAAUCAAGUCAUCUACUCCUUGACUCGAGCGAUACAGAACAAUGCUGCGCUCAGACAAAUACCAUUUGUUGGCAAGAAAACCGUACCGGCUGCCAUCAGAAAAGACACAUGGCAACCCAUGUCAAUUUUAUCAUUCCCAUCCAGCGAUCAGGGAUUAGUCGCGUACCAAAAACUUCGGGAAUUCCGCAAGCUGCACGAGCUGCAGUGGCCUGAGGACAAGAUGCGCAACCCGGACAAUCCCUCGCAGCUCAUGACGAAAAAGCAACGAGCCAAAGCGCUCAUGAACCAAAAGGCCAAUAGUAUCGCCGACAUGGCUGCCGUCUUGCAUUGGCAAGAGAAGAUUGCCACCAUCGCUCGAGAAGAAGAGGAAGUCGCGCAGGCGAAGCGUGCCGAAAAGGAGCAAGCCGCUGCUGCCCGGAAACAGGAGUCCUCGGCCGGCCAGGUUGUCGAUCAGAUCGAAAGUACAGAUGAAGCAACUCAAGCAGAGGAAGUUGUCAAGGCAGAGCGCGGCGAUGCGCAAUCUGGUCCGCCAGGAACCGCCGUUGAAGCUGGCCAGGCUGGCUCUGCAGCAGAGUCUCCUCGGCCGGUGCCUAAGCGUGGUGUUGGUAAACAGCUGCUGAAACAGGAGAAGCAGCGUCAGAUUGUCGCGCAGGGUGUGGACGGCGUUGCUAUUCAUUGGGCCAAUAUUCUGGAUGCCGAGUAUGCCCAGAGCUGGCCGCUUGCUGUCAUUCACGACAUUAUGCCCCGCAGCCGACACAUUGCUCCGGAUCCAAAGACUCUCCCCAGUCUCCGAGAGUUGCAGGAAUAGGGGCAUAGAAUCAAUCUUGUAGCAGUACGAUAAAAGGCGUUGGUGCUAUAUAUCUUCUGGUCUCAUUUUAUUCUCAUUUACUUUCGAGGAACAUAGAUUCUCACAUGGUAUUGUUAUCAAGGACGAGCGUUUUAGAACGUGUAUCAUAUCAAAUCAUAUCAAGCGCAUUCAGAUCAUCUAC